AAUUUAUUUCGUUUCGAGGUCAAAAUUGUCAAAUUUGCCUCCACACACACGCGCACACACCCCCGCCGCCGCCGCCAGAUCUCAACCUUGCCUUAGUUUUCGACGCCGCCGCCGUAGAGCCCGUUCCCCCUCACGCGGCCAGCGACCAUGUCGAGUGGCCUGAACAUGUCCCUAGACGACCUCAUCAAGCAAUCCAAGUCCAGGCCCAAAGCCAACCCCGCCUUCUCUUCCGGGCCCACCCGCCGGGCGGCGCCGUCCGCCCGGACCAUGCCCUACCCGCCGUCUGCUCCCAAGGCCGCCACCGCCGACUCUCUGUACGGUGUCUACUCCGAGCACGUUGCCGCCAUGGCAACCUCCCCGCCACCGCCGGUGGCUGGGCCACAGGCACUCGAGACGGGCACGAAGCUGCACAUCUCCAACCUCGACUCCAGCGUCACCGUCGAGGACGUCCAGGAACUCUUUUCAGAGAUUGGUGAGCUCAAACGUUAUUCUGUUAACUACGAUAAGGAUGGGAAGUCUCAGGGAAGUGCGGAAGUUGUCUUUGCAAGAAAAGUAGAUGCUUUGGAUGCUAUUGAGAGAUAUAACGGUGUUCUGCUUGAUGGGAAGCCAAUGAAGAUAGAGCUCAUUGGAAAUAAGACCGAGCCACACCCAACAGAACCUUUGAUGUACAACGGCACUUCUUCUAACUACAAUGCAACUCCAAACAGUUUGCUUCAGAGAGGUGACCCGAGAGGGCCAUUUCAUGGUAAUGGUCGUUCUGGAGGCAGUGGUCAGGGCGGUGCUGGCAAAAGAGGAAUGUUUCAAGGCAACGUUCGUCCUGGAAACACUGUGCAGGACGGUGGUGGGCGGGGUCAGGGCAGAGCCAGAGGGCAUGAUCGCAGCCGAGUUCCGGCCUCUGCUGCGGAUCUUGAUGCUGAACUGGAGCAGUAUCAUGCAGCAGCAGUGAAGCAAAAAUGAGGCUCUGAUGUAGUCCGUAUAUUUUAUACUCCCUCCGUCCAUAUAUAGGUGACGUGGUUUUAGUCCAAAUUUAAACUAAAACCACGUCACUUGUUUAUGAACGGAGGGAGUAUAUACAUAGAUUGUUGCAUUAUUAGUUUUCUGCUUUUAGUCGUCAGGUACCAUGUUGAGAAAAGUUGGAAGGCAUUAAUUCGACAUUUACAUCUGCUGUGCUUUUCAUAUCCCUACUCCGUGCUGGAUAUGCCGUAUUACCUAAUUUUGAAACAGGGGUGUUCUCUUGGGGUUUAUUUGGAUAGUAAGAUUACAAAGAACUAGUUCUUGUUAAAUUCAAUUUCUAACUGAAUCUUGGAUAUGUCGUAUCAUCUUGUUUGGAUUGUCUA